UAGUGAGCGGCCGGGGAUUCCGCAGACACCAACGACCACCAGGACGAAGCCCAGAAACUUCGACCCACUCCGUCCCUUGGCGGUCUCUUCCUCCCGACGCCUAGUAUGUCACGUGGACCGACCAUUAACCACGAGGCAGACCAUGAAGGCAGAGGUGCGCUCCCCUAUCCGGUAGAUCGCGAACGCGAGGUGCGCAUUACGCUGCGGCGCCAUACUACGGGCGUCGUAACCUUCGGCGACACGGGUGAUCUGUGCACGGAAACAGAUGAUGUGGACGUGGAACUGGUACAAAAGGACACUGUCAAGCAGCUCAUGCGCCACGGAAGCGUGCUCUUUGCCGGCGGUGUAGCUGGCAGCGUCGGUAAGACUGUCACGGCGCCGCUUAGCCGUCUUACGAUUCUCUUCCAGGUACACAGCAUGGUUUCCACGCGGCACACCGACCGCUUCUCGCCCACUGUGACCAGUGCUUUCACCAAGGUGCUCAAGAAUGAGGGUGUGCUGGCCUUCUGGAAAGGUAAUGGCGCCAGUGUGCUGCACCGCUUCCCAUAUUCUGCCGUGAACUUCUUCACCUUCGAGAUGGUCAAGAACGGUAUCAUCGCGCAGAACCACCCGGCUUUUGCUGAUAACUCGUGGACCACCAUGUUCGUAUCAGGUGCGCUGGCCGGUGCAACGGCCACGGUGGCCUGCUAUCCGAUCGACCUCAUUCGAACGCGAUUGGCGACACAGCUCAAUACAGACAUCCGAUACACAGGCAUUCGGCAUGCCGUGCAGCGCAUUAGCGCCGAGGAGGGCGUAAUGGGACUUUACCGUGGCAUGGGCGCUACGCUCAUGGUCACGGUCCCCAAUCUGGCCGUCAAUUUUACCUUAUACGAAUCGCUCAAGGACUACGCGCGGUCGUUCCGCCGCAAUCAGGCACUUGCAGGACUGACUGGCGUCGAAAGGGAACAAGCUGCGGAAAUGUACAACGACACUCAUUUGUGCGUGACGGACACGCUUGUAUGCGGUGGCACGGCUGGUAUCGCCUCGUCCCUGCUGACAUUUCCCAUUGACGUGGUGCGCCGCCGGCUGCAGAUCUCGGCGAUUCAUGCCGAGAAUGCGGGUAUCAAGCCGACGCCCUCGGGGAUUGCGUCGGAGCUUUUUCAGACCCAGGGCAUCCGUGGGUUUUAUCGCGGACUUACGCCGGAACUCAUGAAGGUUGUGCCUAUGGUAGGGAUUACUUUUGGCACGUUUGAACGGCUCAAAAAGCUGCUGGCAGUGGAGGAUUAGACUCGACAGAGAGAGCAAAGAGAAGAAGAAGAAGAAAAGGCUAGAAUACUUGCGAUGUGAUGUCGUGGACUGCUGCUUUGAUUGAGCGUUACUUAAUACCCUUGACAGCCCAGCGACACAACACGACUCAUGCUAGUAUCGCCGGAACUGGUCAAGAGCUUAGAAACACUCAACCGUAUCCAGAUUACAUGGUCCAGCAAAGGGCUCAGCUUGGACUACAUUGCCGAUACAGGGCCAUAAUUGUCGUGCUUGCUGUGGAUACUGGAGACCUUCCAAUAAACCGUUCGCAACACGAUGCUGCGAAAUGUACCCACCGUGUCAACGCGACGGCAAUUGCUGUAGACAACAAUUGCAAACGGAACUGCAACAGCGAUUGAACGUGUUAUUGUAUAAUACUUGUUUACACUGUCGUAGCAGCAACGCCAGUCUCCCUCUUCCAGCGGAAGGAGCAGGCAGCCGAUCUGUAGACGUCUGCGGUGCAAAACGCCGUCGAUGGCAUCGAGAGAAAUGCAAAACUAAAUAAACUAGAAACAGCGAACAAUUGCUAGCCAAACCUCGUGUUGAGCCUGUCCUCCUUCCUCCUUCGCUGUUCUCCGUUGGCUCAUGUGUUGCACGCCGUUUUGGU